UGAUUAUCCAGGAAAUAAAGACAUGCUUCUGACUGAAUAUCUUCUUACCUUAAUCACAUUUAAGAAGAGGGGUUUUUACUCAGAUAUGGAAGGUGUUUGGUCAUUUUACAUGCAAAUGAAAGGAUGAAGAAAAUUAGUAUGAGUAUUUUCAAAGAUGAAAGUUUAGAAGAAACUUUUAUUUAUAUUUUAAACACAGCCAUCCCUGUCAAUUCUUUGUAAAUGUCUUGUAACAUUCAAUUUCUGUAUUUAUUCUUCCAAUUACCUUGGUUUUAAUUGCAAGAAAUUGAGGAAAGAACCACGAGCCAUGGUGUUGAUGACUCAGGAAUAGAUUAUUCUUGAUGUUUCUGUAGGAAAGGUGCAUAGUAAGAUUACAUGAAAAAUCAGUAUAAGGGAAAAUAUUAUAACUUGUUUGGACAUGUAGGUAUCUGUGCGAGGAAAUGAAUGAAUUAGAAUUGAUUGAAGGGCCAUGGUAAUAAGUAGAGACUUUUUUUAACCUUCCUCCUAUUUUACUUAUCUUAUCUCUAUAAUACUUUUCUUUAGAGCUAAAGUUGUUGAAGAUUUUGGAAAGAUGCCCAGAUUGAAGUGGAAAUGUUACCAAAGUAAAAAAUUAUUUUUAACAUGUUCAUUGAUUUACUAAUUCAGCUGCCAAAUAAGUGUGAAAAUCUCCCUCUUUGUCAAAUAAUCACCUGGUAUUGAGAACUGAUAGGAAUGGGAAUCAACCAGACAGUGAAGAAAUGUAUCACAUACAUAAACAAGGCAGGCAUUAAGAAGAUAAAGGUUUCUAAAAGAAGAAAGAGAUUUCAAAAGGAAUGGAUACCAAGAAGGUAAGAUCAUGUUCACAAACAAAAACCUUUCUGAAUGAUCAGAAUUUCAUGUAACAACUAAAAAGUGUUGAGAAAUGAGAUUGGGAAUCAAAGUGGAUCCAUCAUAGAGAAAGGAUUUACAGCACUUUUAGAAGCUGAGUGCUCUGAUAUAACUACUUCCAGAGGUUCUCUGGGAUUCAUAUGGUUUAAAAUUUGUAGAGUUAGUAGUUCAAAAUAGAGAUAAGAAAAAAAAGACAAGACUCCCAAAGGAAAGGUUAAUAUUAUGAGACCAUCUUUUUAAUGAAUAAGAAAAUGCAGGAUUCCUAAUUUUAUAGUAAUAAAACUUUAUGUCCAGUUAUUUUAAUACAUAUGAGGACAGAGACCUUAGAGACUGUGGUGUAUAUUUCCCAAUCUUUCUCUCCCAAAAGUGUCUAGCUUCUUUGUCAACAACAUGAAACCAGGAAACCAAACAAGUAUUUUAGAAUUUUUACUUCUGGGGUUUUCCCAAGAUCCAGAGCAUCAACCCAUGUUAUUUGGACUGUUUCUGUUCAUCUUUGUGGUUGCUGUGCUUGGGAAUCUGCUCAUCAUUCUGGUCGUCAGCAUUGACUCUCACCUGCAUACUCCCAUGUAUUUCUUCCUAUCUAAUCUCUCCUUUUCUGACAUUUGUUUUAUCACAACAACUAUCCCUAAGAUGUUGGUAAACAUCCAAACACAGAGCAAGUCCAUCACCUAUGCAGAAUGCAUCAUCCAGAUGUAUUUUUUCAUGGUCUUUGGAGGCAUGGACACACUUCUCCUCACUGUGAUGGCCUAUGACCGAUUUGUGGCCAUCUGUCACCCCCUUCACUAUCCUGUCAUUAUGAAUCCUCAUCUAAGUGGCCUGCUAGUUCUUGUGUCCUGGUUCAUUAGCUUCUCAUAUUCUCUGAUCCAGAGUCUGUUGAUGCUGCGACUCUCCUUCUGUACCAAUCAAGUAAUUAAACAUUUUUAUUGUGAGCUUGCUCAGGCCCUCACUAUAGCCUGCUCAGACACACUAAUCAAUCAUAUUCUUCUUUAUAUAGUGACAUGUGUCCUUGGCUUUGUUCCUUUCUCAGGGAUCAUUUACUCCUACUCUAAAAUUGUUUCCUCUAUUUUGAGAAUCCCAUCAACAGAUGGAAAAUAUAAAGCAUUUUCUACCUGUGGGUCUCAUCUAUCAGUGGUUUCUUUAUUCUAUGUGACAGGCCUUGGGGUGUACCUUAGUUCUGAUGCAACUUCCUCUUCUGAGAAAGGCAUGGUGGCCUCAGUAAUGUAUACAAUCAUCACCCCCAUGCUGAACCCUUUCAUCUACAGCUUGAGGAACAAAGACAUUAAGAAGGCCUUACAAGAACUUGGGAGAAUAAUUUUAAGUGAUAAGUUCACUGGUUUUAUACUUCUGAGAUGACAAAAGUAAAGCAUUUUGGCUAAAGAAAUUUGUAUUUUAAUCAUGUAGAAUUUUUAUCCAGUUCGUUGUUCUGUCUUUGAUUAAAAUUGUACUGUGAAUAUUUUUAUCUGAAAAUUCUACGAUUCCUCCUUUGUUAUUAGCAGUUCUGUAACUUCUCUCUCCUUACAUGACAUAUUUCUUCACUUCAGUACAUUGUUUACAUUUUGGUAGGUCAAUACAACCAUUUGAUUACCAACUCAUGAAUUGUUUAAUAGAGUUAUGAAAUAGUUCAUUUAUAGAAUGUAAGUUCACAUAUAUGCACACAACACUGUUGUGGGUUGGCCUGACAAUAUUUGUAUUCAAAUGCUAAAUCUGCUUGCUUAAGAGGGAUUGCCCCUGCAGUGUAUCACAUACUCAGGUGAUCUCAUAUGAACCUUCUUUCCAUUUAACUGGUCAAUAAAGGCUAAAGCCUGUAAUGGGGCAGUGGAGGAUUAAGGUGGGACUGGAUGUUCAUGAGUUGGGGCAUGUAGAGAAAUAGAAGAGAGUAAAAGGAUGAAAAAAGAAGAGGAGGUAGCCACAAUGAACCAGAACCAUGUUGCCAGUAGAAGCUGCAAAUAUCAAGGGGUCUUAUAGAUGGAGAAUAUAGUAGUAAAGUAUUAGAUCUGUCCAAUCUAGCAUUUAACUUAUAAUAACUGGAUUGUAUGUGUGUGUGUUUAUAUGGACUUUUUGGGGUUGGAAAUUCCUGCAACACAAUACCCAUGGCUAUAACUGAUACAGUAAUAAUGGACAUGCUAGUCCAUAUGUUAGUAGUAAACAUUACUUUCUUUAAGGCUGGACCUUACCAUAAAAGUCUCUACUUACCAUUCAAAAAUGACCACUGAUAUUUUAGACUGGAAAUUUCCACUUGAAAGGAAUUUUUUAUCAUGCUAUUCUAUGCUGUGAAUGUUUAUCCCUUAACUGUAUAUGUUAAAUUGUUAUGAGCAAUUUGAUGUUUAUUAAAAAGAAAAAUUUGGAAUCAA